AUGGCGGCCACAAGAUCCGCACUGCUGCGCCAGAUCGGCAUCUUGACAAUCAAGAACUACAUCAUUCUCAUAUCUCGACAUACCGGAUCAACCAUCUACACAGCUCUAAUCCUUCCCAUCAUCCUCACAAUCUACCUGGGCAUCGGUCGAAAUCUCAACGGGCCCCAAAACGACUACGGCAUCGCCGACCCGCGCGCCGUCCGAUCCCUACAAGACGGUCUCUCCGCCGCCGACGGCUCUCGCAACACCGUCGUGUUUGUCAACAACGGAAACACGGGCGGCGACAUCGAGCGCGUGAUUUCCUCCCUCUCGGACGAGGUCGCUGCGGCCGGCAAGAACGCCACCACCAUCGCCAACGUCGACGACUUGAGUCUCAUAUGCCAAACGGCCACGAGGGGAACGACGCCAUGCUACGGCGCUGUUGUCUUCCACUCUUCUCCAAGUGAGGGCGAUGGCGGUCUCUGGAAUUACACGCUUCGAGGCGACCCCGCCCUCGGACAAAAGUUCCAGGUAAGCAAGAGCGACAACGAUGCCCAGGUUUACAUCCUGCCUCUCCAGCGCGCGGUGAACUCCGCCAUUGUGCGGCUGAACUCCACCGAAGGAAACUCAGAUCCGCUUGCCAACUUGCAAGAAUGGGGCUUCACCGACGAGACCGAAGACGAGCGCGAAGCCUCCGUCAGACGGCGCUACCAGCAGACCUUCAUCGACUACCUCGCCGUCUCCUUCGUCCUCGCCCUCAUCGGCGUCAGCUACCACCUGCCAGGCCACGUCGCCACUGAGCGCGAGAAGGGCCUCUCCCAGCUCAUCGACGCCAUGAUGUCGACCCGGUACGAGUGGGAGCCCCAGGUCGCCCGGAUGGUCGCCAACUUUUACUCCUUCGCCACGAUCUACUUCCCCGGCUGGCUGGUCGCCUCCAUCAUCGCGCGGACCAUGAUAUGGAAGGAGACCAACAUCGGCAUCAUCAUCAUCUUCUUCAUCCUUGGUGGCCUCGCCUUGACGUCGCAAGCGAUCCUCGGCGCCACGUUCUUCAAGAAAGCACAGCUCUCCGGUGUGGUUAACUCCCUCGUGUACGUCCUGCUCGGCGUCUUAGCCCAGGCGAUUCCCGAUCCGCCGACGGCCGCCGUCGCUGUCCUCAGUCUGCUAUUCACCCCCUGCGCUUUCGUCUUCUUCAUCAAGUCGAUCGCUCGAUUUGAGGCCGAGGGCCGGCCGAUGAACCUCAUCAAGGGACCCCCAACCGGCGCUUCAAGUCUCCCCGGCAUCGUCCUCUGGAUAUUUCUCAUCAUCCAGUUCCUUGUCUACCCUCUGAUGGCAGCCUUUGUCGAGCGCCAGAUCCACGGCGUCGGGUCUGAGAGUCGCAGGAUCUACAGAGGCGUCGGGCCUCAACCGCAGGAAGCAGUCUACAUCGACGGGCUCACGAAGAUCUACAAGCCAAGCCUCUUCCGCCGCAUCUUCUCCUUCGUCUCGAAGCCCCGCGAGCCAACUGUCGCCGUCAACAAUCUCAACCUCACGGCAAAAAGGGGCCAGAUCCUCGCGUUGCUGGGUGCCAACGGCAGCGGGAAGAGCACGACCCUCGACGCGAUCGCUGGCAUCAGCCGCUUCAACCAGGGUAGCGUGUCCAUAGACGCAUCGGGCGGCAUCGGGAUUGCCCCCCAGAAGAAUGUUCUCUGGGACGAGUUGACCGUCACCGAGCACAUUCGCAUCUUCAACCAGCUCAAGUCCACGGGGUACACGACCGGGGGCGACGACAUGGCACAGCUGAUUGACGCCAUCGGGCUCGGUUCCAAGAAGAACGCUCAGUCCAAGACCCUGUCCGGCGGGCAGAAGCGCAAGCUGCAGCUCGGUAUGAUGUUGACCGGCGGCAGCGCCGUGUGCUGCGUCGACGAAGUAUCGUCCGGCAUCGACGCCCUCUCGCGGAGGAAGAUAUGGGACAUCCUGCUGGCAGAAAGGGGACGGCGGACCAUCAUUAUGACGACGCACUUCCUCGACGAAGCUGAUCUCCUCGCGGAUAACAUCGCUAUUCUGUCCAAGGGCAAACUGAGAGCAGAGGGUUCAUCGGUCGCGCUCAAGGAUUCCUUGGGCGCCGGCUACCGCAUCCACGUCCUGAACGCCAAGAACGUCAGAGUAGCCCCCGAAGUCCACGGCGUCGACUUGAAAGUCUCAUCAAAUACGAUCGUCUACACUGCGCCGUCGUCUAACCUCGCAGCAGAGGUCAUCCGCGCUCUCGAAGCAGCGAGUCUUCUGUACAAAAUCAACAGUCCCAACAUCGAAGAUGUAUUCCUCAACGUCGCCGAAGAGGUCCAGGGAGAAGACCUCCAGUCUCGCCCUGCGCCUGGCGCGAGGUUCUCCGAUGACUCAGGUCAGAUUACCGAGAAGGGAAUGGCAGACGGCGGUCGUAACUCGCUCGGUCUCCAGUCGGGUCGUCAGACGGGCUUCUUGAAGCAGAUGACGGUGUUGGUGUACAAGCGCGUCACCCUUUUCAAGACCAACUGGGUCCCUUUUGUGGCUGCUUUCCUCAUCCCCGUCAUUGCCGCAGCCAUCAUGCAGAUUCUCAUCAAUGAUAAGCCUGCGUCCAAUUGCACCCCCACAGACGGGAACGGGAGAGCAGCGAGCGGCAUGUACGAUGGUGUCAUUGAGAACAUGCGUGUCGCUGCCGGACCAGCUGCGGCCGUGAAUGGAACUGCAUUUACCUCUCUCGUCGAUGUGUUGGCCCCAGAAUCGGGCAACUUUACGCUGAACAGCAUCUCGUCCGAGGCUGACCUGCGGGACUAUGUGGACGAUGAGAGGAAGAACCUCAUGCCUGGAGGCUUCUGGGCUUCGAACGAUAACGGGCUCCCGACUGUGGCGUGGCGAGCAGACACCGAAGACUACGAGGCAAUUCCCGCCGCCGUCGUCGCUCAGAACCUUCUCACCGUCGCCUUGACAAACGCCAACAUUGCCACAAGGUACAUCUCCUUCGACAGCGCCUUCGGUGCCGCGAACAUCGACACGAUCCAACUGGCUAUCUUCUUCAGCAUCGUCCUCUCCAUCGUCCCAGCCUUCUUCGGGCUCUACCCCAACGUCGAGCGGCGUUCCAACGUGCGCGGUCUACAAUACUCCAGCGGAGUCCGAUCACUACCCCUCUGGACGGCUCAUAUUACCUUUGAUUACGGCAUCUUCGUCGUUGCCCUCAUCAUCGCGGCCGUCAUUUUCGUAGCGACGUCGGAUGUAUGGUACGCCCCUGGCUACCUCUUCCCGGUGUUCGUCCUUUACGGACUGACCUCGAUUCUUCUCUCUUACAUCUUCUCCCUCUUCAUGAAAAGCCAAGUUGCUACCUUUGCUGCCAUCAUGGCCUACAACAGCGUGGGCUUUGCCAUCUAUCUUAUCGCCUUCCUCUACAUCUUGACCUUUUCCCCGGCUACGGUCAGCGACCGCAAUAUCUUGAUCGGGCACUACACCGUUGCGGCCUUCUUCCCAGUCGCUAAUGUCUGCCGCGCCAUGAUCAUCGGCCUGAACACGUUCAACCUGGCCUGCGACAGCACCGCUUUCUACAGCUAUCCCGGCACCCUCAACGCCUACGGAGGCCCAAUCCUAUACCUGUCCCUCCAAGCCAUUCUUUUGUUCUGCGCCUUGCUGUGGCACGACAGUGGAAACCAACUUCCCGCUUUUCUCAAGCGCAAGAAGACACACCAGACUGAGGGCGAGCAAGACCACAGCGACCAAGAAGUCGCCAACGAAGUCGUCCGCGUCGAAACAACCGGCUCAGACGACGGCCUGCAAGUAAAGCACCUCACCAAGAAAUUCGGAAAAUUCACCGCUGUCGACAACGUCACCUUUGGCGUCCGCCACAGCGAGGUCUUCGCACUUCUCGGCCCCAACGGCGCCGGCAAAUCAACCACCAUCUCCCUCAUCCGCGGCGACAUCCAGCCCAGCAAGAACGGCGGCGACGUCCUCGUCGAGCACGUCUCCAUCACCGACCACCGCGCCCUCGCCCGCUCCAACCUCGGCGUGUGCCCGCAGUUCGACGCCAUAGACUCCAUGACCGUCCUUGAGCACUUGCGCCACUACGCGCGUCUCAGGGGCAUCGCGGACGUCGGGUACCAAGUCCAAGCCGUCAUCCGCGCCGUCGGCCUGGACGCCCACGUGAACACGAUGGCACAGCACCUCUCGGGCGGCAACAAGCGCAAGCUCUCGCUGGGUAUCGCACUCACCGGCAACCCGUCCGUGAUCCUCCUCGACGAGCCCUCGUCCGGCCUCGACGCAGCCGCCAAGCGCAUCAUGUGGCGCACCCUGAGCACCAUCGUCCCGGGCCGCGCGAUCCUGCUCACUACGCACAGUAUGGAAGAGGCCGACGCGCUAGCCAAUCGCGCCGGCAUCGUCGCGCAGCGGAUGCUUGCCAUCGGCGAGGUCGAGACGCUGCAGGCGCGCUUCGGAGAUUCGUUAUACGUCCAUCUUGUUAGUCGCAGCGCGCCGCACUCGACGCCGGAGGAGAUGGACCGGAUGCGCGAGUGGGUGCAGAUGAUGUUCCCCAAUGCGAGCAUCGAGGCGGCGACAUACCAUGGGCAGAUGCGAUUCUCCGUCUCUGCGGCUGACGUGCUUGCGCGCGCGCAGCAGGUUCAGGAGACGAGCAAGCGGAGACAAGGCGAGACCGACGGGCCGGCGGGCAGUUUGAGUGCCAUCGGUCAGCUCAUUUUGAUGCUCGAGGAGAAUAAGGAUGCGUUGGGUAUUGAGCACCACAGCGUCAGUCCCACGACGCUCAAUGAUGUUUUUCUGGCCAUCGUGGGACAACACAAUGUCCAGGAGGAGGGAUACGGGGCUUCGGCGACGGGUGCAGAGAAGAAGAAGAUUCCUUGGAGGAAGAUCCUUCUCGGUUUCUAA